GUGCGUUUUUUGGACUUAGAGGGAAGUGCUGACCCACAAGAAGUUGCCUGAGGAUUGAGAAAUCGUCUAACAUUGACUGGGAAGUCAUGACCCCCAAAGCACGAUCCUGAUUUAGAUACCGGUACUCACAGCAUACUUCCUGGUGAUUGGGUGAUGGUUAAGAAGUUCCUCCGAAAACAUUCUCUAGAGCCAAGAUAUGAUGGUCCAUUCCAAGUGUUGCUGACAACAGCUACUUCAGUAAAGUUGGCCGGAAAGAACACUUGGAUACACGCAUCCCAUUGCAAAAAGGCUCCAGUUCCUGAGGAUUGUGACCCACCCGCAUCAGAAUGAAGUUAUAUAUCCUUCUUUUUACAGUGACAAUUGUGUAUACACAGGAGGUGGCUAUUAGGAAAACAGAACGGAUAGUGCAAUUCUGGUAUAAUUCAUCAGACACGCGUGUGGCUACCUUUAUAUUUGAUUACUGUGAUGUAUAUCCUCCAGUUGCGUGGGAUUGGUGUAAUACGUACCGACGGCUGUUUGUUGCCCACGGAGAAAUACAUCUAUGUGAUGCAACUGAGGAUUGUGACAAUUGGGGAUCUGUGGGUUGGAAUACAGGUGAUGACUGGGGAAACAGACCGCAGCAUGCUCUGAAUAAAGAAGACAAAUAUGGGGAGCCAUUACUUGAUAGACUGACCUUGAAAAAAACAGGUAUAUGGUCCGUUGGUGAGGUGGAACAUAGCACAAAACUCACCCUAACCAUAAGGAAUCCCAGUCCUGCGGAUGCAGGCACAUAUAAUAUGGGGUUACGGUACAGUGAAGAGAAGAGGAUACCCAAUGUAGGGGAGAAGGGACCAAUCAUACAGUUCCAACUUAAAGACAUGUAUAAUUCACCUGAAUGGCAGGCCUUACAAGCAUCAAGCGAUCCCCCUGAGGUACAUGUACAUAAAAGCACCCUAGGAGAUAUAGUGGCCAUAGCAGAUCCCACAUUCGAAGACACAAUGGCAGCUGAGACUGGUUUCUCGGAUGUCAACUUGUGGCUCGAAUGGAUGAUGUAUAGUGCAUGGAAGCAUAACAGAUCCAACUGUUAUGUGUGUAGUGGAGCUAAACCCCAUUUGGGAACGGUACCAUUAAACAUACCUCCUACUCAAGAGGAGUGUUUUCUGAGCCUGUUUACCAACACUACUACUGAUCACUCCCAGUGUGAAACAUGGAAAAAGGAAUACCCAAUAAUAACGAAGACAGCAAGGCCUGGGGAAGGUAUCACUAUAUAUCCCGGUAAUUAUACAUGUUAUGGGAAAUACCAGGGAGCAGGGAGGUUCUUAGGUAAUUCUCUGAGGGAUACUGUGCUUCAUACAGUAGUGUAUCUGGAGAUUUAGUUCAAAAUCAAAUACAAUCCUUGGGAGAUGUGUAUUGGAUCUGUGGUGACAUGAAGAUUAGGACUAAAUUAACUGACAGAUGGACAGGGGAAUGUGCACUUGCUAAAGUCAUAAUGCCCUUGCACAUCUUUUCUGUAGAGGACCUAGUAACACAAGGGGAGCACUCCAAUAGAGAGCGUAGAAGUGCCCCAGCAGGUAGUUUUGACCCUCAUGUAUAUAUAGAUGCCAUAGGGGUUCCAAGGGGGGUCCCGGAUGAGUUUAAAGCUAGAGAUCAAGUAGCUGCCGGUUUUGAGUCCCUGAUUCCCAUAAUCACCAUAAAUAAGCAUGUAGAUUGGAUUAAUUAUAUUUACUAUAAUCACCAGAGGUUUGUUAACUAUACCAGGGAUGCACUCCAGGGAAUAGCUGAACAACUAGAGGCCACUUCACGGAUGACUUUCCAAAACCGUAUGGCCCUAGACAUGAUAUUAGCUGAAAAGGGGGGUGUAUGUAAAAUAUUACCUGGAACAAGUACAUGUUGUACGUACAUUCCGGACAAUACAGGUCCGAAUGGCAAGGUAACAUUGGCCAUUAAGAAAUUGGAGGAACUCUCCAAA